CCAUUGUGGGUUGCGUCGCAGAGGCGCAAAUAAAUAAAAUGUUCUCAUGCUGAAAGACAAACUAAAUAGAACCUGAAAUUACUAGAACCCACCUUCCAAUAUUAAAACUAAAAAAGAAAUCAAUACAAAUUACAAAUGGUUGGCCGGUCACGUGAUACGCACGUAAUGCUGACGUAACCGGAAGUCAGAGAUGAAGCGGUCAGAAGUGGAGUAUUUUGAAAAGAGAGGGACGCCUCCAUGUUUUCUUCAGACUGUUUGCUUCAUCAAGUAAAUACACCGCAGCUCAGCGAUACACAUGAGGAACAACAAUGGGCGUUAGCGCGCAUGAACACAGUCACCGAACACUGAUGGAACUACGGUGACGCCAUCAGUCAGUAUCGGCUCCUCAUGGAGGAUCAUUCAGGAGAUCUGCUCCCUUGAAAUGUGAAUGUGAGAAACCAACCCAGUCAUGGACGACUCGGAUCAGGAUUUUGUGGUGCUCUUUUCCAAGGGUCUGAAACGUGUCCGUAAGAAACCAGAGAAGAGCAGCAGACCCAACAAAAAGGAGGACAGCCAGUCUAGUCAGCCGUCUGUUGGAAAUAAGAGAAGACAAGUCAACAAAAAAGAUGGAGCCCCGAGAAGUAACGCUGCCCAUGGGAGUCAGGCGGUUUGUCCUGAAACGACUUCAACAGUGGUCGGUACAGAGAAUGGACAUGACUCAGGCGAUGUCGGGCCAUCACCUUCUGGACUUUCUGCCGAGCCUGCUGAAAUGGGCCUGCAGUCAUUGGAAGGAUGUACUGCUAAAGAGAAAGUGCUCAUCAGGAUGCAGCAGUUCAAGAGAGCCAGUCCUCAGAAGAUGGUACACAGACAAACAAAGCAAGAGAGUGAAACCGAUCCUUUGUUGCAACAUUCAUCCAAAGAAAGAGCAGAAUCCUGCCUCCUGAAUGUGGACAGCGACGAGGCCCUGGCCUUGCAUCUGCAGCAGGAGUUGGACCGGGAGGCAGCUGCAGUCCAGACUGUCAACCUGGAGGAUGGAGGCCUCUACUUCUGUCAGAUCUGCCAAAGGGACCUCUCCCACAUGACACCUGAGGGCCGAAUGCAGCACACCAACAGGUGUUUGGAUGAGAGUGAACAUCCACAUCCUGAUCCUCCAUCUGCUGCUGCUGGCCUCCCUGACUGUCCCAUCUGUGGUCAGAAGUUUAAAUCCCAGAAGAGUCGCUCGUCCCACUUGAAGCGCUGCUCCUCUGACAUGGGAGUGUCCCCGGCGGUGCUGCUGCAGGCUCUGCAGAGACAGCGAGAAGAAGUGCAGCAUGUGGCCCAGCCCAUUGUCCAGACUGGAGGCACCAAAAGAAAAGGAGCAUUCAAGCAUCCAGCACAGAGGAAGUCUAGGAAAAAGACAGAACCCCUGGAUGAAGAAACAAUGGUGGCUCUGGCUCUGUCGUCCUCUCUGCUGGAGCAGGAGACGGAGCAGCAGAGAGACACUGCUGCAGUGGGCAUGAGCUUGAAGUGGUGUGCGGAUGCAGCAGGGAAGAGUCGUGGGAAGAAGAGAAGAGGUGCCGUUACUCGUCCGCCUCCGCUGCUUCUGAUUCAGGAUGCAGAAGAGGCUCUUAAAAGGCUGCAGGACCGAGUUUCUGCUCUUCUUUUACAAAAUCGUGCGGCCUCACCCCCCACCCCAACGCUGUGCCCCAGCAGCCUGCCUGCCUGGAGUGGCACCGCCCCCCUUUGGCAGAAGAGCGCACUAGUCAAAGAAGCAGCCAUCACUGACUUCUAUUCUCCAGAGCUUCAGGAGUUCAUCCAACCUUGGAAACCACCUGUGGUAGCUGGUGCUUCCUCUGAUGCCAUCCCCACACAAAAUCCUUGCGAUCCACCUGCAAGGGAAUCAACUCCCAUCACAAAACCCCCAAGUUCAACUCUGCCUUCGUCCCAGACGGCCUCCUGCUCUUCAGCUCCAUCCACUCCCGGAACUUUGGCGCUUCCAAUGGGCAGCCAGAGCCUCAGAGACCUGAUGGAGCUGGCGGAGGACGGCCUCACUUUCACCCAGUGUGGCUUCAGUGCUGAAGGUUGUGUUGAAGACAAAAGAUCCUGUGUUUCUUCAAACCUGCAGCUAAGUGGCUUCCUCCCACAUGAGACAUCUAUGAACUCUAAGCAGCGUGUCAGUGGGUUUCUACCUGAAGCAACUCUCCCAGUCAAAGAAGGAGCAGGAGGAGCAAAUACACACAGCGGUCACCGCUUCGGUGCGCUGUCCAGACUUUCCUCGGAUUUAAGCAGCAUGGUCAACAAUCCUCAACUCAGCGAUGUGCAGCUUCAAGUGGACAGUGGAGAAGUCUACUUCGCGCACUCGUUCAUGCUGUACGCUCGCUGCCCUCUGCUGGCGGAAAUGGUGCAUGAAGAAGCUUUCGGGGUGAAGGAGGAAGGACUGGCUGAAGCUCGGAGAGUGCUGAUCACUGACGUGCCUGGAGAAGCUGUGCUGGCUCUGCUGCAGUUCCUCUAUACAGCCCAGGUUUCCCUCACAGCAUCACUGCUUCCUCAUGUUCUGGAACUGGCAUCCAGGUAUGACUUACAGGAGCUGCAGCAGCUCUGUGAGCUUGGUCCGGACGAGACGACAACUGGCCGUGAUGAUGACAACAUGGUCCAAGAACAUCAUCCGAGUAACGUCACAGACCAGUUUUUCAUGGAGCUCAUCCACUCCAUGUGGAGGGAGGAGGAGGAGGAUGAGAACCAAGUGGAAGACGGAGAAAGGGAUGACUGCAAAGGUCUUGAAGUAGAUGGUGAUGAGGUCGCUCCAGGUGGAGAGGAGCUCCAGGAGGAACUGGUGAAUGAGGAGGAGCUGGAGGAGAUUUAUGAGUUUGCUGCCACGCAGAGGAAGAAGGAGGAAGAGCUGGACAGCGUGGAGGAGGAGAGGAAUACUGGAGAGAAGUUUACACAGCUGAAAAGUCCCUCUGGAUUAAGUAAAGUCUCCGACUGUAAUCUUGAGAGCACAUACAAUCGCCUGUUUUCAGACUCGGACGGAGGCGACCCAGAGGAUGGCGCUCCUAAAUCCACUCCUCCAAAAACACACAGCUCUUUUAAAGCUCCUGCCUACACACUGCUUCACUCAUCUGGCAGCGUGGUGGACGAUCUGCCCUUCAGUCCUCGGACGUCUAACCUGCCCCUCGCCGGCGUGUCGCCUGUGGACGGGGACACAUUUGGGGCCAGAGGUGAGGCAGGACACAACAGUUCAAAAGAAGACCUGGGUGUGAAAAGAGAGAGCCAAGGUCCCCGUACUAUCUGCUCGCCAGCUUCUCUUGUUCCACCUCUCUUGAAGAAGGAGCCUGAGUUGAUAGUUUUGUCAGACUCCAGUGAUGAUGGUGAGGGGGCUGCUCUUCAGAGUCCAGUCAACCCUCCGUCUUCACCUGACCUGCCUGCGCCUAAUGACGUCGCUGAGACACUCAAACCAUCGCUCAGUCCUGUUGCUCAACAUCAACCUGCUCCCAGCUGUGAGCAGAGUCUGGACGACUGCUCCCCAGAGGUGUCUUGGCUGAUCCCCUCCACACCAGUGCAACCCAGGAAACAAAGCUCCGCUGAGGCGAAAAGACUGCAGCUGUUCCCCAAAAGUGACUCUUCCUCCCACUCUUCUCCUCAUUCACCCGAUGAUAGCAAAGCGCCACUCCAGGUCUCAGCCUCCUUCAGCGCCAUCUCCAGGUUACAAAGAAGCCAAGAGGUCAGUGUUUCAGUUUCACCAUGCAGUGUGAUGGCACGUCCUCCUCCGUGCCCGAGUGCCUCCAUCCAGCACACGCCGAUGCACCAGCAGCAUAAAGUCUACAGCAGCACGCCGGUGAACUUGCAGGUGUCAGACCAACCCUUGGCACUUCCUGCUCCGUCCCCACUCGACACCACAGCUGAAAAACAAAGUCUGGAACAGAGCAGGAGCCCUGAGGAGAAAGAGGUGGGAAGCUUCCACCUUGACCCCAUGUCUGACUUUUCAGAGGAGCCAUCUUGUAGUGACCUGCGCAUGAAGUCCACCAGCGACUCUGCAGGCGUCUCAAAGAGCUCGGGGGUGCAGGAUAGGAAGAGUAGUGAUGAGGGUGAAACACGUGAGACCAGCUUCCAGCAGAGCUUCAUGUUCAUGGACGAACCUCCCAUGGCUUUCAAUGAUUCCUGGGGUCUUGAUGCGUGCGUGGACGCGCCUGAGAAUCCUGGCUGCUUCAGUCUGAGGCUGGAAGACAGCGGCGACAGAGAGUGUCCGUCGCCGCCAAACAAACCUGCGACACCUCCUCAAGUCCGACCCUUCCACGCCCCAGACGCAGGGAGUCCAGAGCACCAGGCUGCAUCAUCCUCCUUCACACAGGAGAAGCCUGAGGUGGGACUUUUGGACUCUCGUAUCUGGGACAGCUGGGAGGAGGACGAGGAGGAGGAGCCGCUAACUCUGGCAGAGCGCUUAAAUCCUCCGCCCCAGCUCAAAACACCGGCCGCGGCGCGUAAGAAGCGUCGCUCUCUGGUGCCCAUCACACCAAUGCCUCACUACUCUGACAUGGACACGCCGGAGCUCAAGAACAUACUCAACAGGUUUGGUGUGCGACCCUUACCCAAGCGCCAGAUGGUCCUCAAGCUGAAGGAGAUCCACCAGUACACCCAUCAGCUGGUGAGCUCUGACUCGGAAGGCGAGCCCCCGUCCGCAGGGACAGAGGGACCUGCGGUGGCUUCGAUGGGACCCGGCAGGAGAUUGUUCCCUUCCACCAACAGCGUCACGUUUAAAGAGCCCAGAGCGCCGCCCGCCAGCUCGCCUGCCAAAUACGGCCUGAGGGAGUCAGAGAGGGAGGCUGAGUCUCUGUCUGCAUCGCAGGACUCCACCACCUCAUCGACAGCGGAGUCUGACAGGUCCAACCCAGAGUUGUGCUUGUCCUCCGACGGUGACUCGGACAGCGACGGGGUCGUGUCUGCGUCUCAGGCAGUGUCCCGGCUGCAGGAGCGCCUGCAGGCCGUGCGCUCCUUCAUCCUGUCUGACCCGGCGCUUCACAGUCAGAUCCUCCAGUACCAGCCUUUGGUGCUGUCCGACCUGCAGCGGCGGCUGAAGGAGGCAGGCGUCCGUCUGGGAGCCGCCAAGCUCAUGGACUACCUGGACUCGCAGUGCAUCACCUUUACCACCGCCAAACCUGGACAGGCGGCACCCACCCGCAGGCGGGUGAAGAAGACGGGCAGCAAGGUGGCCAGCAGGAAGCGAGCCGCUCCAGCGGUUUGAAAAAGUUUACCAUGAUGUCUCAUGAAUUGAGUUUCUUUUAGCAUUUACUUUAAAAUGUUUUUAUUGUUCAGUUUUAUGAUAUUACUGUGAAAAUAAAUAAGUGAAGAUUUCG